GAACACUCCCUACAUGAUUCAAUACCUGAUGCCAUCACAAUCCAAUCUUUAUCUAUCUGCUUUUUUCAUAAAUCACAAGACAAAUGGCUCAUUAGGGUUCAAUGAAGAAGAUAAAGUGAGAAGAACUUUGUUUCCACCAUGGCUGUUCAUCAUACGACUAUGAACAUCUUCAUUAUCUUCAUCUCUGUAACUUUGCUCAUCACUCAUGCUCUUUCACUUCCUUUGUGUACAGAUUCAAGUGCUCCACUUAAACCCAAGACUCCUCUGGUUUUCUGUAACUACAAUGGCAGUUCGUGCUGCGAUUCUAUCCAAGAUACGAAUAUACAGAAGCAGUUUGUAUCCAUAAAUAUAUCUCAACCUGCUUGUGCUUCUCUUCUCAAAUCCAUCCUCUGUUCUAGAUGCGAUCCAUUUUCAGCAGAGCUUUUCACCAUUAAAACUGUUCCUCGACAAGUUCCUGUGCUCUGCAACUCUACAGUUUCAUCAAACUCAUCACAAACCAACCAAGCUAACAACAAUUUCUGUGAAAAAGUAUGGGACACCUGUCAGAAUGUAUCCGUAAGGAAUUCACCAUUUUCGCCAUUGUUACAAGGUCAAGCUCCAACACCAGCCAAUUCAAGCAACAAGCUCACUGACAUCUGGCAAUCAAGAUCGGAUUUUUGUAACGUAGUUGGAGGACCUUCACUCGAAGAUUCCGUCUGCUUCAAUGGCGAAAAAGUCCAACUAAACAUAACCACCAACAGCACCAAAUCUCCCCCAACUGGCAUGUGUUUGGAGAAAAUCGGAAACGGUUCAUACCUUGACAUGGCGGGUCACACUGACGGGUCGAACCGGGCUUUCUUCUCCAACCAAAAAGGCCAAAUUUGGUUAGUCACAGUUCCUGAAAUCGGGUCUGGACGUGGGUUGGAUCUUGAUGAGUCCAACCCGUUUCUUGAUUUGACAGAUGAGGUUUACUUCGAUACACAAUUCGGGUUGAUGUCGAUAGCUUUGCAUCCAAAUUUCGCUCAAAAUGGAAGGUUCUUUGCUUCUUUCAACUGUGACAAAUCCGAAAAUCCAAGUUGCUCUGGAAGGUGUGCCUGUAACUCCGAUGUAAAAUGCGACCCUUCAAAGCUACCUGCGGAUGACGCCGCCGAGCCUUGCCGGUAUCAAACCGUUGUGGCAGAAUACACCGUUAAUGGGACAUCAUCCUCACGGGCAUCUGUAAUUCCGGUGGCUUCGCCGGUGGAAACGAGGAGGAUAUUCACGAUGGGUCUUCCGUUCACAUCUCACCAUGGUGGACAGAUUCUUUUUGGACCAGACGAUGGGUACUUGUAUUUCAUGAUGGGAGAUGGUGGAGGAGGUGAUCCUUACAAUUUUGCACAGAACAAGAAGUCGUUACUUGGGAAGAUUAUGAGAUUUGAUGUCGAUAAAAUACCCAGUGAAUCGGAAAUUACAAGUUUGGGAUUAUGGGGAAACUAUUCAAUCCCAAGAGACAAUCCAUAUGUUGAAGAUAAAGAUUUGCUGCCAGAAAUCUGGGCUUUAGGGUUUAGUAAUCCAUGGCGAUGCAGUUUUGACGCAGAAAGACCUUCGUAUUUCAUGUGUGCAGACGUAGGCCAGAACGAAUACGAAGAGGUGGAUAUGAUCACAAGAAAUGGCAACUAUGGAUGGCGGGUUUACGAGGGACCCACCACUUACACUCCUGAAAAAAGUCCCGGAGGAAACACGUCGGUGACUUCUAUAAACCCUGUUUUUCCGGUGAUGGGAUACAAACACUCUGACAUAAACAAGAACGAAGGUUCGGCUUCAAUCACCGGAGGGUUUUUCUAUCGGUCCACAACCGAUCCUUGCUUGCAUGGAAGUUAUUUAUACGGAGAUCUAUACGCUCAUGAGAUGUGGGCAGGAGUUGAAACGCCUGAAAAUAGUGGGAUUUUUACAGUGAACAAUAUCUCCUUCACAUGUGCGAAGGAUUCUCCAGAACCGUGUAGCCUAGUCCCGGGCAGUUCGCUUCCUGCCCUAGGUUACCUGUUUUCAUUCGGGCAGGAUAACAACAAGGACAUAUAUCUAUUAUCAAGCAGCGGUGUGUAUAGAGUUGUUCCUCCAAGCCGUUGUGGUUACACUUGCGAGUAUGAAACUACAACCACGGGUCCCACCACCGGUCCAAUGACACCCACUCGUAAUUCAAGUGCAAACAUAUUGAAGGGUUCUUGCAAGAGCCUCUUUGUGUUUCUCUUCUUUUUCCUUGUGUUAGGCUUCUCCACUCCAUAAUAACUUUCGAGAUCAUGAGUCUAGUUUGAGCCUUUACACUAAUAUUGUAAUAUUGAUGUCUUCAAGUAUUAUUUCUUAUUGACAUUGAAAAACACUUCUAUCCGGU